GGCUAUGCAGGCCUCACUGAUCCAUCGGAUUUCAACAGAAGUAUCUUAAUUUGCGUUCCGAAAAUGAAUGAAGGUCUUACAGGUGUGGAACGACAUGAGGGUGAGUAAUAAAUGAUAUUAUUUUCAUUUUUGGGUGAACUAACCCUUUAAAACUAAGAUAAGUUUCCCUAGCUGAAAAAUAACCCAUAGUAUAGGCCUAUAUUAGGCUACUUUACAUGCUACUUGAUUUGUAAAAAUAUAUAGCCUAGAAGUUUUAACGUUUUUAACUAUUUUGCUGGUUUGUGGUUCCUAAAUGCUGCUGAAAAAAAACAAAAAAAACCAAAAAAAAAACCUACAGCCAUUAUGUAAAUAAAACACAAAUGUCUCUCUCUGUUCAAGGGUUUUGUGUAAAUCGCCCAUUAACACCUUCAUGAACGAGAACCAUGAAUAGACACACCGUGUAUAAAGCACGCGAUUCCUCAACAGGCCUUCAUUACUCUGGUCUCUGUACUUCAGCUACCGUCAGAGUUGAGGAGAUGCCAUCGUGUGAUUUCUGCGGAUACGGACCGGAUGAGAAUAUCGUCUCAUUCUACAAAUUCCCAUUACAAGAAGAGCAUCGCCGCCAUUGGAUAGUGAAUAUGGGGAGGGACGCUGAAUGGACGCCAUCUAACUCCUCAUUUUUGUGCUCCGCGCAUUUCACUCCGGAUUGUUUUGAAUCUGGAUCUUCGCGUUUACACUCAGACGCGAUUCCGACUGUAUUUAAUUUUACACAGACCACGAAUCAGGUUCUAAAGGACACUGAAAAUAUCCUUCCACACCAAGGACCACCUGAAUCAUUGGACUUAUCCAGAUCACCCUGCUGUGACUCUUUUAAACAUCUGCAGGCAACAGAAAGAAAUUACCAUCUGAAAUUAGCUGCUGCUCAGCUUCAGCUAAAAGAGUACAAAAAGAAUCUAGCGGAAGAGUCACGGAAAGCAACGCAAUGGCAGAAGAGAGCAAUAGUUUUGCAGAGUGCAAUUAGAGCAAUGAAACAAAGGGGGUCAAUACCUGCAACAAGAAAAACAUCUACACCUAAAACUAAUAAUUUGGACUGAA